GGGACCCAUUGGGUUUUGGUUUCUUAUCGUGGGUCCUCGAUCCUGCUGAUUGAGGUUGGGGUCCGACGGGGCUCCUUUAAAAAUGAAGGGACGAACCUCUCUCACUGUCACCUCUCAAAUACGCUCUCCCCCGGGAGUCUCUCUCCGUCUCCCCCUCGCGCAACACACACACUUUCACUUCAGUUUGUAACUCGAAAUCGGUUCAAUCACCAGCGAUAUUGAUUCUCUCUCAAUUUCUCAACCUGAUUUCUGAUCCCGUUGGAUUGGGAGCUUCUCGAAAAGUGCUUCUCAGUUCUCACGGCUCGAUCGCAUUGGUUUUGGGGCUUUUUCUUUUCAAAGGAGAAAGGGGAAAAAGGUAAACGAUUGCUCUCCCUCUCUCUCUCUCUCAUCCAUACUCUAUACUUGGCCAAAGCCCACAACCAAGCCCCAUUCCAUUUUCCUUUGUUUAAUCUACAACUCAGUGCUGCAGCAGCUCUGCAAGUGCAAACAAACAGAAAAAUGGUAUUAAUCACAUUCACCAAUCUAUGAUCUCAUCUGUCUUCGAUCGGAUACAUAAAGAGACCACCCAUUGCAUCACUAUCAUCCUCACCAUGUUUAACUGGUAGUCUGCUACUCUGAGUUGCGUUCCUCUGCAACCAUUCAUCCGGAGAAUGGCGUACAUGUGCGCCGACAGUGGAAACCUAAUGGCGAUCGCUCAACAAGUCAUCAAACAGAAACAGCAGCAACAGCAACAACAACAGCAACAACAACAGCAACUCGUAGGGAUCAACACUUUUUCUCUAAACCCAUGGAGCGGGGCCCAUCAUCCCAUCGCCAACCCUCCCUCUUUUGCUUAUGGCCUUGGCGCCGGAUUCUCUGAUCCAUUUCCCGUCGCCGGAACGUCAGAUACUGGUGAACCUGUCCUCCCGUUUCCGCACUUAGACGACCCACAUCAUGCAACCGAGUUUAGGUUUUCUUAUUUGGGGGGAAACAAUGGAGGCGAGUUCGACUCCGACGAAUGGAUGGAGAGUUUAAUGGGCGGAGGAGAGUCGACGGAAAGCUCGGAGCCUCCCUCCGGCUGCGACGCAUGGCACAACCACGAGUUCUCUCUCUGCGGCGGCGAUCCCUUCGUUUGUAGUUCUAGUCGGCUCAAUCUCUCCUCUCCUUCCCCGUCCGACCUCAAUCGGCUCGUUUUCUCAGAUACCCAGAAAAAUCCCAACACUCUCCAAGCUCAAGUCCCGACGUGGACCCCACUGCUGCCGCCACCUCCACAUCCACCCCCACCCCCACCACCACCACUAGCUGAUGAUUCCCCAACGACUCAUCCGCCGCCGUUCAACAGGGUGAGUGAUGCUGCUGUCAUAGCUCAAUCACCUGAAACGGAAUCUUCGACGCCGAUGCUGAAAUCUCUCCUGGACUGUGCCCGACUGGCCGAUUUUGCACCGGAACGAGCCGUCAAACCACUUAUUCGACUCCGGGAAUCAGUGUCCGAACGUGGCGAUCCGACGGAGAGAGUUGUCUUUUAUUUCGCUGAAGCUCUUUACAGUCGGGUUUCUACAAAAACUGCGAGAACCGCACCAACGUUUGAGACUUCGUCGGAGGAUUUCACACUCCCUUAUAAAGCUUUAAACGACGCCUGCCCAUAUUCGAAGUUUGCCCAUUUGACGGCGAACCAAGCGAUACUCGAAGCGACCGAGACGGCGAAUCGGAUACACAUCGUCGACUUCGGAAUAGUUAAAGGAGUUCAGUGGGCGGCGCUCCUCCAAGCCUUGGCAACUCGGUCCACCGGAAAACCCUCUCGCAUCCGAUUAUCUGGCAUUCCUGCUCCCGCACUCGGGGGAUCACCGGCGGAAUCUCUGUCCGCCACUGGCAAUCGUCUCCGUGAUUUCGCCAAGCUUCUCGAUCUAAAUUUUGAGUUCGAGCCUAUCUUGACGCCAAUUCAGGAGCUUAACGAAUCAAGCUUCCGAAUUGUCACGGACGAGGUUUUGGCAGUGAAUUUCAUGCUUCAGUUGUAUAACCUGUUGGACGAGACAACAGUUGCCGUGGAGAGGGCUUUGCGGCUGGCGAAAUCUCUGAAGCCCAAGGUCGUGACGCUCGGAGAGUACGAAGCGGGCUUGAACCGGGUUGAUUUCCUGAACCGGUUUAAGACUGCAUUGCGGUACUACUCGGCGGUCUUUGAGUCGCUUGAGCCGAGCUUGACAAGAGACUCUACGGAGCGCCUCCGGAUUGAAAGCUUGCUGCUUGGGAGUCGGAUAUCUGGUGUUGUUGGACGGGAAGAAGGGCCAAUGAGACGAGAAAGAAUGGAGGAAAAGGAGCAGUGGAGGGUUUUGAUGGAAGGGUGUGGAUUUGAAUCUGUGGCUCUCAGCCAUUAUGCGAUGAGUCAGGCAAAGAUUCUUCUGUGGAACUACAAUUACAGUUCUUCGUAUUCUCUUGUGGAAUCACCACCCGGGUUUCUUUCGCUUGCAUGGAAUAGCGUUCCCCUUCUCACUGUUUCGUCAUGGCGCUGAUGAGUUUAGAAUCUUUAGAUAGCUCUUUUACAAUUUCCACCUGGAUAUUUUUUUCUCUGGUGUGGAAGGAUUGCUCUGCUCUUCUCUUGUUAGGUGCUUAAGUGCUUUUGGAAGGAACAAUGAGGAAUGGGUCUUGUUAUGGAACUCAGCUAUUGUCAUGGAAAAUCCUAACCAAAGUUUAACUGGCGUAGAUAGUUCGCCAUUAGUGCAUGUUUGGAACUUCUUGAUCAGAAAAAAAAAAUGAAUUGCUUUGUAUUUUGGCAUUUUGUUUUUUAUCUUUCUUUUUUCCAUUCUGUAUACUUAUCCUGGUUCCUUCAUAGGUUUGAUUGGGACAAGCUGUAAAAAGUAACGAAGAAAAGGGAUCUUCUUCGUUAGUUAUCUGUACAUAAUUUUGGCUCUCUUCUGAUUCAAUGUCUGAGAAAAGUAGAGAGCGAGCUUAUCUUCA